CAAUUAUAUAAAUUGGACAUGAUAGUCGGAACUUGCUGGACCCCCCAACGUGCUUGAUUUAACUACUAAACGAACUAAAUUCUUUAUACCAAUUCACUACAUUACAUUUCCGCGAUGGCCCUCUCUGAUCUACAAAGCAAUGGAAUAUACGUCAUCCUUUUUCUGAGGGAUGACCAGCCUGAUCCAGAUAACUUUCAUUGGGGCUUGUAUCAUCACCAUAACGCCGAUUCAGGAGGGUGGAAAUAUCACAUCAAGGGCAGGACUGGCUACUGGCAUGCUGACCACGGGCAUACUAAAGGAGUUUUUAAAUCGUUCUUACUCAUCGGCCUAUUUCAUAUUUGCACUAUUCCUCCGGGUUGGGAAGCACACGUCGACGCUGUAAUGCGACAGUACGACGGGGUCCUUAACAAUAACCCUGCGACCUCUUGUAGUGCUUGGUUGUUCUGGGUAUUGGCUCAGCUUCAGAAGCCUGUAAACGGGUACAGAAUCCUCAGUGCUGAUUUGGGCUAUCUGGAAAGGGAAAUCAAAGAUUUUGGAAAUAUGCACUCUCGGAGUGCUGUAGCCAACAAUCAGCCACGGCCCAUCGGCCGCUCCGUCUAUGCCGGGUAGCGAUCUACACAUAACUGAUACCCAUAGUAUCAGCUCAAAUAUUUGGAUACAGAGCAUCAAGGACUCGCCAGGAGAUGAUAUAGGGCUUUCGAUUUACCAUUUAAUUCCGUGACCCCUGUCGGCCUCCAAAGUGUACGAAUUGAGCCUAAGAUCAUUCUUUCUGUCAGCUGCAUGGAACUUUCAGUGGCUUUCCAAUCCAUCUACAUUGAGCCUAUGAGAUAUUAGUACUAGAGUAUACACAGUAGAUACAAUACAGUC